AAGGAGAUAAAUGGAAAAUACAGUAUGGGGUGACAUGUCUUUUCUUGGUAUACAGAAAGUGGAGGGAGGGGGUUACAGGAUAACUCUGCUCUUUGUUCCACAAAAACUGGCGUAGCUUGUUGGCACAAAUCAAAAUACAAAGAGCAAUCUUCUGUGGACCAGCUACUGGAUCUGAUAGGUUAGGAUUAGGUGUCACUUUGCGAAGCCUUAGUGGAUCAGAGACUAAAUAUUCUUAUGAAGGAUUUCCUAGUGCCUGCUUCGUCUAGUACAAAAAACUAGUUAUGGAAGUGGAUACAAAGGAGAUGCAUACACAAAGCAAAUCAAAUAAUGCUGUUACAGAUAGUAUUGAGACUGAUAAAUCUGUUGAGGAGAAUCUCACUGAUGGUUUGUUGGCGCAUUUCCUUCCUGAAUGUGACAAAGCCAAGUCAACCAUCUCUGAACUUACAGAGAACCAACGUAUAUUAAUCGAAACCAUCUUGCAAGAGAACUCAAAAUUCUCAGAAUGUCACACUAUUAGUGAUCUUGCUAAAAUAAUGACUCAGUCUAAGGUGUAUCGUGCUAAGUUGCUCCAUAUUAAGAAAGAAAUGGUUCAGCUAACAGAGAAGUCAUCAAAGUUAAAACAUAAGGCUAUAAAGAUUCAACAGGACAAACAGAAGGAAGCACUACAGAAGGAGCAACAGAAAGAAAAAGAUCUCGAGAGGGAGAGACAUUUGGUAGCAAAGACUGCUAAGAAGCCUCAACAACAUAAUGAUGUGUUGUGAAUAAUAUCAUUUAUAUUAAAUGCAAUUUUUGUGGAUCUUAACAUUUGAAAUUAAUCAGAUUUACAUUUGCAGUUUAUGAAACUAAUUAUUGCAUUCAACAAUUGUUAAAUUCAUACAAUUACAAAGCAUAUCUAGUGUCAUCGCAGGUUCGAGAUAUAUCAAGAUCAUUAUCAAAAUGAUUCUGACGUUGCACGCAAUCGAUUUCUGAAAGUACUGUAUACAGCAUAUUUUUUGAAAAAGAUUUACUAAAAAUCUAUUUCCAUUUUCCGAUGUCAUUUUCAUGCAGAUAUCUUACCAGUAUUUAUACUGCAAUGUUACAUGAAAUCAUGCUUCCAUUUUUAAGAUAUUUUACCUUGUUGAUAUGAUGCAAUCAUUCCAUCUUUCUAAUAUCUGUUUUGCAAUCUGACGACUGUAAGUAUCUAUUGCUUUUUGCAUGAUGAGUAUUUUAGGUUCAGAACUCUGCACAGAUAUAGUAGGUGCUGAAUUUCAAAUAACUGAAAAUCAGCAAAAAUCAAUAGCUGGGAAAUAUAAUGGCAUUGAAUGAAUGUAUAUUAGUGGGAGUACAGUAGUUAAAUUAUAAUGAAAUUGUUAUAUAUUAGCUUGUUAAUAUUGCUUCUGAAUAAACAUUGUCAUAACUUUAAAUAA